AUGUCCGGGGAUGGACAGAACAAAAGGAGAAUAGCCAUCAUUGCUGUGUCUUCGGUUUUACUGGUGGGCAUGGUGGUCGCCGUGACGGUUGGCGUGACGUGGAAGCAAUCAGAUUCCGAUGAGGAAGACAAGUCUUCCUCCGAUAAGACCGUGUCCAACAAAGUGAAAGCGGUGCAGAGCCUGUGCGCCCCCGCCGACUACAAGAAAGAAUGCGAGGAGAGCCUGGAGGAGGAGGCCGGCAACAGCACCGAUCCCAAAGAACUAAUCAUGAAGGCCUUCAACAUCACCAUCAAGAAAAUCGAGAAGGGUCUUCAUGAAUCCGACACCUUGCACGAGGUGGAGAACGAUCCCCGCGCCAAGGAAGCCCUCCAGACCUGCAAGCACCUCAUGGAACUUUCCAUUGGCGAGUUCAGGAAAUCACUCGGAACCUUCGAGUCCUUUGAUUUCUACAACCUCGACAAGAUUCUCAUGAACCUCAAAGUUUGGCUCAGCGGAGCCAUCACUUACCAGGAAACCUGCAUUGAAGGGUUCGAGGACGCCAAAAGCGACGCCGGCCAGAAGAUGAAGCAGGCACUCACCGCUGCCAUGCACAUGAGCAGCAACGGCCUCGCCAUCGUCAACGACAUGGCCGAAGCUUUAUCCAGUUUGCACAUCACGAAGCAAGGAAGGCGUCUGCUCAAUGAUCAGGAGGAUGGCAGCGAAGAUCAUCAUGGCGAGGCAGGUGCGAACGAAGACGGCGUGAGACCCGACGGCGACUUCGAGUUCCCCACGUGGAUCGAUGAAAAUCCUGCCGCUAGGAGACUGCUGACGAGCGAACACAAAGGCAAACUGAAGCCAGAUGUGGUCGUGGCGAAAGACGGGAGUGGGAAGUACAAGAAAAUCAAGGACGCGCUAAAGCAUGUGCCGAAGAAGAACAAAAAGCCGUUUGUGAUCUACAUCAAGGAAGGGGAGUACAAAGAGUAUGUGGAAGUGGAGAAGGACAUGACGUACGUUGUGUUCGUGGGGGAUGGCGGCAACAAGACCCGCAUCACCGGCAACAAGAACUUUGCCGACGGGGUCAACACCUAUAACACCUGCACGGUGUCGGUAGAAGGGGACCACUUCAUUGCCAUCAACAUGGGGUUCGAAAACUCGGCCGGUCCCGACGGACAUCAAGCUGUGGCAUUGAGGGUUCAAGCCGACUUCUCCAUAUUCUACAGAUGCCAACUGGACGGGUACCAGGACACGCUGUACGCGCACACCAUGCGUCAAUUCUACAGGGACUGCGUCAUCACCGGCACCAUAGACUUCGUCUUCGGGGAUGCCGCCGUCGUGAUGCAGAACUGCACGUUCGUGGUGAGGAAGCCGAACGAGAACCAGCAGUGCAUAGUGACGGCGCAAGGGAGGAAGGAGAGGCACCAACCGUCGGCGCUGGUGAUCCAAGGAGGGUCCAUAGUAUCGGACCCAAAGUUCUAUAAAGUGAGGUUUGAGAGCAAGGCGUACCUGGCGCGUCCAUGGAAGAACUUCUCAAGGACCAUCAUAAUGGAAACCUUCAUAGAUGACUUGAUAGACCCAGAGGGGUUUCUCAAGUGGGACGCAAACUCCACGUCCUACAAGACAUGCUGGUACGGAGAGUUCAAUAACACAGGGCCAGGUGCCAACACCAGGCAUCGCGUCAAGUGGAACGGGAUCAAGAAUCUGACGGCACAGCAUGCUCUGGAUUUCACGCCCUUGAGGUAUUUCAAGUCAGAUUACUGGAUUAGGGAAACUAGGAUUCCUUACAAUCCCACCACCAUGUCCUCCCCUCCAGCUAGUCCUAAAAAGCUCUCUUCACAGUGA